CGCAGCGUCACUCAACAGGUCUGUAGGGACGUUGGCUCCCUGUGCUGGAAAUAACGUUCCCUGUAGAGUUCCAGUGGCAGUGACAACAUUACUCACCUGGAUCCAGGGAGUACACGGGUGCCUCAAAAGCACACCUACAGUAUCCUCGGAGCUGCUUUUGAUAAGCCAUGGCCCAGGACAAGAUAAAACAAAAUGAUGCAGUGAAGCAGGCUCAGGUGGUAGACAGGGAUGAACACCAGAAAACUAAGGAAUCCAAGAGAUUAGGAACGUACCUGAUAACAGUUCCAACUGUCAAGAAGAAGUUUAAAGAUAUCUCAGAUAAUACAAAGUCAGAUCCAAAUUACUGUGAUACCUCAGAGGGGCCCUUUGGUUUCGGCCCUCUCGUUUUCUCUUGUUUACAGCGUUUCAACACCAUUGAGUUCUUCCUGAUUUCGUGCUUUGUUGUGAUCUUGGCUCAUGGUAUGAUGUUUGCUCUUAUUGAUAUGAGUUUAAAAAUAUUUGAGACUCAAUUUCAAGCAACAAACUUAGAGACAUUCCUAAUGGAUUUUAGUGAUUAUUUUGCCUCUUUCUUGGUAUCAAUAUUUGUAGCACACUUUGGAGGUAGAGGGAAUAGGGCAAAAUGGGUGGCAGCUGGAAGCAUUGUAACAGCACUUUCUUCAAUUGCUUUUAUUGUUCUAUUUUUUUAUUAUGAAAUUAUAAAACUGGCCAAAGUAAAAGAGGAUUUGUGUGAUGAAGGAAAAAUCCCUAAAGUUUGUGGGACAACUCUAAUGCCCAACAAAUCAAUAUGUAUCGCUCUCUUCAUCGUUGGGCAAUGUCUCCAUGGAGUAGCAGGGAUAAUAGUUCAGCUGCUUUCCAUAACCUAUAUUUUUGACCACGUUCCCACAUUUUCAUCUGGAUUAUAUUUAGCUAUUGCAGAUGCUGCAAUAACAUUGGGAUAUACUCUGGGUUAUCUACUAGGAGUAAAAAGUUUUAUGUUGCCUGUGAAAGAAGCUAUGCAAGCCGUUGGACAUGUUCAAAGGUUUCGAAUAUUACAGAGUGGUUGGUGGAAAUCUUUUAUUUUUGUUGGUUCACUCUCACUUUGUACAACUUUACCACUGUUGUGUUUUCCAUCUAAUUUACCCGGUGCAAACAAGCUAAGACUUGAGAAAAGAAAGGAACCUCCCAGGAUUGACAGGAGACUUAAAGAUAAAGAAAUUAAGCCUAAUUUGAAAGGUGUUCUUCAUGCUACUUGGUGUCUAUUAAGGAACCCGCUGGUGCUGACUCAGAUAUUCUGCAAAGUCACAGAGUCUAUGACUUUUAAGGCAUCUUCACAUUAUUUGCCCCUAUAUUUACAAACUCAGUCUGUAAUGACGCCGAGGUCUGCUGGUAUGCUCACAGGAAUGUUUAUACUUCCAGGAUGUAUUAUUGGCCGUUUUGUGGGAGGUUAUAUUGUUGACAAAUUGCAAAUGAGUAUUAAGAACAAACUUAAAUUUAUAAUAACAGUAUCUGUUGUAUCAAUUAUGCUUUUCCUAUUACUGAUUUCUGUGGAGUGUGAAACUGCAAAAUUUUCUGGAAUCAAUGAAGAUUAUGAUGGAUUGGGUAUGAUUGGAAGCCUAACAGCUCCAUGCAAUGCAAAAUGUGGUUGUACAACUUCUGCCUAUAAUUCUGUAUGUGGACGAGAUGACGUACAAUACUUCUCUCCCUGCUUUGCAGGGUGCCAUGCUUCUAAACACCUAAGGAAAGAAAAGGUAUUCUACAAUUGUUCUUGCAUUAAAGAAGGAUUGACAUCUCCUGAUGGUGAAGGUCAAUAUAUUGAUGCUGUUUCUGGAACGUGUAAUAGCAACUGUCUUUCAUUACCUUUGUUUUUUGCCUUUUACUUUUCUGCAACCGUUUUUUCUAAUCUCUGUAGUAUACCUGCCCUCAUGAUUAUCGUGGAAAGUGUACCUACCAGUUGGAAUUCAAUGAGCCUGGGUGUGAUGUAUACAAUUUGGAGAUUCAUUGGAGCUAUCCCUGCACCAAUAUUUUUUGCAGAAACAUCAGCUUUAUGUUGUAGUUUUUGGGACAUUGAUGAAUGUGGAAUUAAAGUACGUUGUUGGAUUUAUAAAAAGAAACAAUUGGCCUACACAUUUGUAGCAAUAUGGAUUAGCAUGCAAGUAGCCACAAGCUUGCUUUGUAUUUAUGCGGUGAGCAAACAUGAUUACGUGGUAAAAGAAAAUACUGAGAGUCUGAAUACACCUGUGAAGAGUAAAAAAGCAAAAACAGAAGAUGGCAAAGAUUAAUUACAAACUGAUUUCAUCAUUGUGACUGGAGAAUCAGUGAGGUUCUGAGUUCUAAGGACUGCAGUCUGU